AUGGCUAACGUUGCUUCAAACAUUUACUUUCUUCUUUUAUUAUCAUUUCUUUGUGAAAGAUAUGAAAUAGCUUCUGCAAAAAUAAUAGAACUCGGAGAUUCUCUUUCCCCCACUAUUCCUCAUCCUUCAUGGCCUUCACCUUCGGGUCGAUUUGCAUUUGGCUUUUAUCAGCAAGGCAAUGGCUUCAAAGUUGGGAUUUGGUUGUUCGGCAACAUUACUGAUACAAUCGUUUGGACUGCAAAUCGUGAUGAUCCUCCUGUCUCCUCAAAUGCAACGCUAGUUCUAACAAAGAACGGUGAGCUUGUUCUACAAACAGGUCAAGGGCGAAAUUCUCCUAUUGCUAGCAUUUUAGAGCCUGCAAACUCAGCAUCUAUGCUCGAUUCUGGGAACUUCGUGCUUUAUGGAAGAAAUCACAGGGUUAUUUGGCAAAGUUUUGAUUUCCCCACUAACACCAUAUUAGGAGGUCAAAAUUUAUCUACCAAACAUGGAUUGCUUUCUGAUUUGUCGGAAUCGAACCAUUCAAGUGGACAUUUCGUUCUUAAAAUGCAGGAUGAUGGGAACCUUGUUGCCUACCCUUUGAACAGUGAAAGGAGCGAUGAUGCUUUCUGGGCCUCAAAUACUUUGGACACAACCAUCUCACAACUAACUCUUAAUCUUUCAGGCUCUCUUUGCUUGGGGAAUGAUACAAAUCUCAUUAAGGUAAUAAUUGCCCCUAGCAAACAUGUUGGAAAGAACACAAGCUUAAUCUACCGUGCUACACUGGAUGUAGAUGGUAAUUUUAGGUUGUAUGUUCACACAUCUGAGAAGAAUGGUCGCUUCACUAGCCAAAUUGUGUGGCAAGCUAUUUCUGAUCAUUGUCAAGUCAAUGGCUUUUGUGGCUUGAAUAGUUAUUGCUCCAUCGUCACUGGCAAAGCCGAAUGUAAGUGUUAUCCUGGAUUCAAGCCAAUCAAUGCAAACAAUAACAUGUUCUUGGUUUGUGAACAGACGAUAAAAAAUGACUGUAUUACUAGUAAAGAUCCAAGGAUGCUAUACAAUAUUAGCAACCCAUUGCAACAUAUGGAAUGGAGCCUUGUUCCUUAUUUGGUUAUUUCACUAGAAAUGGAAGCUUGUGGGAAGUCUUGCCAGGAAGACUGUGAUUGUGCGGCAGUGCUACAUGAAGCUGGCAUCUGCAAGAAGUAUAAGCUGCCGCUUAGAUUUGGCAGAAUUAAUCAAAAUACAUCAGCCACAGCCCUCUUCAAGCUGCCUUCAGGAAUUGCCAUCACUACUACUCCAAAUCCAAGGAGUCCUUUGGUUCAGGUUGAUCACAAGAAAAAUCUCAUUUUGACUUUGAUCUUCACUUUAGGUUCAAUUUCAUUUGUUUGCUUAGUCAUCGCAAUGUCUAUUUUCUUCAUCUACAAGCGUCAAGUCCAUUCAUACAGAAAGCUUUCUGCAAGUACGAACCUAGGAUUUACUGAGGAUUGUAGUCUGCGAAUUUUUUCCUUUGAUGAGUUGGUCAAUUCAACAGGAAAUUUCACAGAAGAAGUUGGUCGAGGAUCUUUUGGAGUGGUUUACAAAGGGAUAAUUCGAGGAAGCAAUAGAAGGAUUAUUGUGAAGAAACUAGAUAUUGUUGUUGAUGAAGGAGAAAAAGAAUUCCAAGCUGAAAUCACUGCAAUUGCUCGAACUCAUCACAGAAAUCUAGUUCAGCUCAUUGGUUAUUGCAAUGAUGGUUCAAGAAAGCUACUUGUUUAUGAAUAUAUGAGCAAUGGAUCUCUAGCAGAUUUUUUGUUCAAGGCGGAGAUGCAUCUAUCUUGGAAACAAAGAGUCAAGAUUGCAUUAGAUGUAGCAAGGGGAAUCCUAUAUCUACAUGAAGAGUGUGAAGUUUGUAUCAUCCAUUGUAAUAUCAAGCCUCAAAACAUUCUCUUGGAUGAAAUGUGGACAGCGAAGAUAUCUGAUUUUGGACUGGCAAGGCUAUCAAUGCCAGGACACUCAAUAAUGGCAUUAACAAGUGGCUACAUAGCACCUGAACGACAAAAAGACGCAUUAGCAACUGUUAAAGUUGACAUCUACAGUUAUGGCGUGGUGCUGUUGGAGAUCAUAUGUUGUAGAAGGAAUAUAGAUGUGAAGGUUUCUUCAGAAGAGGAAAUAAUGCUUUCAAGUUGGGUGUAUAAUUGCUUUGUGAGAGGGGAACUGAACAAGUUGGUAGUAGAUGAAGAUGUGGAAUGGAGGACAUUUGAGAGAAUGGUGAAGGUGGCCUUAUGGUGUGUCCAAGAGGACUUGUCCUCGCGUCCUUCAAUGAGGAAAGUACUAUUGAUGCUGGAAGGUUUGAAGGAUAUUCCAAUUCCUCCAUCUCCAUCCCUUUUUGUUUGAUCAUCUUUAAAAUUACAAUGUAUAAGCGUUUGAUUUUGCAUUCGCCUUUAACUUUGAAUUUUGUGUGUGCGUGCGUUUGAUAAUUUUAAUUUUAUUGUCCACUA